AUUAAAUAAUUAUUAAUGUCAACUGAUGAGAAUUCUUCUUCUUCUGAUAAUAAUAAAUCACAUCAUUUUGCACGUAAUCGUUGGUAUCAAGUACUUGAUCUUGCUGAACAACUUCGACAUAAAACUGAAAUUCAAAAAAAUGAACACUUAUUACAAUAUGCAUUUGAUAUUCCACCAUCAAAUGAUCGACAAACAUCUUUAAAUCAUCCUGAUAAUGUUAAAUCAUUUGAAAAUGCACUUUUAUUUGCUAAAACAGGAAAUUUUAAUUUAGAUAAUUUAAGUGAAAAUUUUCUUGAUUUAAAACGUACAUUUAAUCAUAUGAUUAAACUUAAUAAAAAUGAUUUAACACAGAUAACAUUAUCAACAUCAAUUACAAAAACAGCAUUAUUAAUGAUUUUACGUUCAAUUGAAUCAAUUGUUGAAGUUAUGACUAAUCAUACAAGAAAAUUCCCAACAUUAAAUUCUCUUAUAUCGUAUAUACGUUCACGUCAAAAUGAAUUACCUAUACAAGGGAAAUUACUUGUAGAAUGGUAUAAGGUUGCACAAUUUCUUGAUUUAUUGACUAAUGAUCCUGAUUGGCUUGUACAACCACAAAAAGCAUAUUGGGCUAUUAAUAUUUGUAAUGAAACAUUAACAUGGGCACGAGGAGUUUUUAAUAAAAAUUAUCGGACUAAAUUAUCUCAACGACCUAUUUUUGAUCGAGAAGAUAGUAUUGUUAUACCACAGUCAGAAGAUAAAGAAUAA